CUGUCAACAAACGACCUGCUGCCCUUUUGUGCAAGAUGCCUCAAAGGAAGAUGCUGCAAACAUCCACAGGAGCCCUGCUUCUUCUCCUCCCCUGGUUUGGUGGCCUGGUCCUUGGGGAGAUCAGCGACGACUUCUCUCAGUGCCUCGACUUCUUCUAUAAUAGAACUCCACCGAGGGGCAUCAAUGCAGCAGGAUACCAGCCAAUAUGCCAACGCUACAAAAACCAGUACCACUUUGCCAGUUUGUAUCACCGUCAACAGCAUGUACCAUUGUACUCUGCGUACAUACUCGGCCCUGCAGAUGGCAAACGACCCAGAAAGACUUGGAUGUAUGAACCACAGUUGGCAUUUUCCCGUGCCAGCCCAGAGAUGCAACAGUUCCAUUACCCCGUGGACCAGAACGUGAUUGAGAGCCAGGCGGUGCUUGAUGACUACAAGAACUCCACGUUCACCAAAGGCCAUCUCAACCCCAGCUUACACCAGAAGACAAAAGAGGGCAGAGAGGCCACCUUCACCCUGACAAACAUUGUCCCUCAGCAGAAAGGCUCCAACUCUGGUCCCUGGAACAAUCUGGAGGAUGACGUGCUGAGAAAAUUCAAGGCCUUCUGCAAUGGGUCUAUGUAUGUGAUCACCGGAGCCAUGCCUUAUGAGUCUGAAUACCAUUGGAUCAAUAAUAGGGUGUCUGUUCCCGAGUACAUGUGGUCUGCCUACUGCUGCCCAUCCUACAGAUCUGACCUUCAUGAGUCUGUGAAGCCCUUUUUCCCCACAUAUGCUGCAGUGGGAAGAAAUGACCGCAACAGUGGAGAGGAGAUUGUGCCGGUUGAUGUCAAGGCGAAGGCCUCGGUGAGGGGUUAUGAUGUGAGGCGGAUGUCUUUAGAGACUCUGGAGGGCAUCCUGACACAAAGGCUUGCCAUGCCCAUCAGUCUGUUUCAUGGGCGGUGUCAGUAG